AUGUUAUCGGGCGUACAGUCACUACUGUUCACACCGUUAACCAUACGGUCGGUAACCUUCCGGAACCGGAUAGCGGUGUCGCCGAUGAGCCAAUUCGGGGCCACUGAUAACGGAGUGGCCGCAAAUGACUGGGAUUUGGUCACUGCGGGCGCGUACGCGAAGGGCGGCGCCGGACUCGUGAUGGUGGGCGGCGUCACCGUGUGUCGCGCCGGUCGACACAAUCCGCACGCGUUGGGCCUGUGGUGUGACGAACAGCGCCCGGAGUUGGCCCGAGUGGCCCGCUUUGUCGCCAAACAGGGCGCUGUGCCGGGCGUGCAGUUGCUUCACGCCGGCCGCAAGUGCAAGGAGGCCAUUGUGGCCGAUGGCAGGGCUGCUGGUGAUGAUGGCCACGAGUUUAUAGCCGCGUCGGCCAUACCUUUUGCCGCCGAUUAUAUGUGUCCGUUAGAGGCGAGUGUUGAGGACAUUGAAGCUGUUUGUAGAGCACAUGUCGAGGCGGCCGUCCGGGCGGUUGACAUAGGAUUUAAGGUAAUAGAGUUACACUUUGCCCAUGGUUAUUUAGUGCACACAUUCCUAUCUGCCCUCACAAACAGUCGGACCGAUCUCUACGGCGGUUCACUCGACAAUCGCAUGCGUUUUGCUCUGUCUAUAGCCUGUGCUGUCCGGCAGGCGAUCGGCGACCACAUAGUACUGGCCGUUCGGGUGUCGGUCACCGACUACUGUCCCGACGGUUGGGAUGUGAAGCAGACCGUAGUGUUGGCCAAACGGCUCAAGGCUUUGGGCGUCGAUCUCAUAGACUGCAGUUCAGGAGGUCUGGUGUCGGGCGCCGGCAACUCAUCCAUGAAUCCAACGGCCAUUCAGAUAGAGAGCGCCGGUAUUAUACAGCGAGAGGCAGGUGUGGCCACCGCUGCUCACGGCUUGAUUGUGGACCCACACCAGGCCGAGCACGUGUUGACCCGUACCGGCGCUGCGUUGGUUAUAAUGGGCCGGGCGUUGAUUAAUAACCCCAACUGGCCGUAUAUGGCGGCCGAUGCGCUGGGAGUGGAGGGCCCGGCAGUGAAUGGUAUGUUCAAAGUGGCCGCAGGCAAGCCGUGGGGCACUCGUAGUCAUUGGCGCAAACAAGUAGCAGACUUGCAACAACAAUAG